AAUGACAGCCGAGCGUUGGCUAAGGCUCGGGGGACAGGGGCUGGCCAUGUUGCACGUGACCCGGGGGGUCUGGGGAUCCCGGGUCCGAGGAUGGCCACUGUUGACCUCGGUCCUCGGGCCCGACCGGGCCCUGUCCUCGCUGGCGGCCAAGAUGGGGGAGUACCGCAAGAUGUGGAACCCCACGGAGCCCCGCAACUGGGCGCAGCAGUACCGCGAGCGUUUCAUCCCGUUAUCCAAAGAGCAGCUGCUCCGCCUCCUGAUACAGGAAUUCCACUCCAGUCCUGAGGAGAAGGCGGCUUUGGAGGAGUUCUCAGCCCACGUGGACUUCUGCACCUUGUUCCACUACCAUCACAUCCUGAGCCGGCUGCAGGCCUUAUAUGAUCCCAUCAACCCCGACAGGGAGACCCUUGACCAGCCUUCGCUAACAGACCCCCAGCGUCUGUCCAACGAGCAGGAGGUGCUUCUGGCUCUGGAGCCCCUGCUGGCCCAGGCCAACUUCUCCCCGCUCUCCGAGGACACCCUGGCCUACGCUCUGGUGGUCCACCACCCUCAGGAUGAGGUCCAGGUGACGAUAAAUUUAGAUCAGUAUAUCUACAUGCAGUUCUGGGCCCUGGGCCAGAGAGUCGGACAGAUGCCUCGUAAGUCCAGCGUGGGCUCCCAGCGUAGCUUCUUCCUCAAGUCAUCCCCUGCAGAGAGGAGAUACUUUAAGCGGGUGGUACUAGCUGCCCGGACGAAGCGGGGGCACCUGGUGCUAAAGAGCUUCAAGGACACGCCGCUGGAGGGCCUGGAGCAGCUGCUGCCUGAGCUGAAGGUGCGCACACCCACCCUGCAGCGCGCCCUGCUCAACCUCACGCUGGUGGUCUCGGGCGUGGCGGUCUUCGUCAACGUGGGCAUGGUGGUGCUCACAGACUUCAAGAUGGGCACCUCCCUGCUGCUGCUGUUCUUCGCAGCCUUCAUGGGCCUGCGGGCCUCCAAGAUGUUCGGGCAGCAGCGCAGCGUGCAGGCGCUGGAGCUGGCGCACAUGCUCUACUACCGCAGCACGUCCAACAACUCGGAGCUGCUCAGCGCCCUGGCCCUGCGCGCGCAGGUCGAGCACGCCAAGGAGGCGCUGCUGGCGCACAGCUUUCUGGCCCAGCGCCCUGGGGGCGCGAGGGGUCCGCCCGAAGAGACAUCCCAGUGGCUCCAGUCGAAGGUGGAGAAUUGGCUCCUGGCCCAGACAGGCUGUGCUGUGACCUUCAACGGAACUCGGGCUCUGGGCCAUCUGCACGCCUUGACAGAGAGCAUGGGGAUGUACCCAUCCUCGGGUUUCCCCAAUCUAGACUCGUUUGCUACAGUCACUUCCCCCCAGGUUUCGCCCAGCAGUACAACCCCUGAUGGAAACCUCUCUCUGCCCAGCCCUACCCAGCCACCUGCUUAGGAACUAAGCCCCACCUCCUCUAUGACAAACUCUCAAUCAUAGCUAUAAUGCUUUGCAGCUCCCCAGUUUCCAAUAACAGGCAGUAUGUUACACUUUAUUCUUAAAACAAAGCCCCCAAUCAAGACAGCCUACAUUUGCUAUCCCCACCCCUUCUGAUGAAUAGCCUUUCCGAUGAAACUUUUUAGGUUCUGCCUCCUGCCUCCAUUU